AUGGGCGCCGGGGGCCGGCGGGGGGCGGCAGCGGUGCUGCUGAUGGUGGUCGUCGCCGCGCUGCUGGUGGGCGCCGCGGGCCACCUGUACCCUGGAGAGGUGUGCCCCGGUAUGGAUAUCCGGAAUAAUCUCACCCGGCUGCAUGAGCUGGCCAACUGCUCGGUCAUUGAAGGACAUUUGCAGAUUCUGUUGAUGUUCAAAACAAGACCUGAGGACUUCCGAGACCUCAGUUUCCCCAAACUCAUCAUGAUCACUGAUUACUUGCUGCUCUUCCGGGUCUAUGGACUGGAGAGCCUGAAGGACUUGUUCCCCAACCUCACGGUCAUCCGAGGCUCGCGCCUCUUCUUUAACUAUGCAUUGGUCAUCUUUGAGAUGGUUCAUCUGAAGGAGCUUGGCCUCUACAACCUGAUGAACAUCACGCGGGGUUCCGUCCGCAUCGAGAAGAACAAUGAACUCUGCUACCUGGCCACCAUCGACUGGUCUCGCAUCCUGGAUUCCGUGGAGGAUAAUUACAUCGUGCUGAACAAAGAUGACAAUGAGGAGUGUGGGGACAUUUGUCCAGGAACUGCAAAGGGCAAGACCAACUGCCCUGCCACUGUCAUCAACGGACAAUUUGUGGAGCGGUGCUGGACACACAGCCACUGCCAGAAAGUUUGUCCGACCAUCUGUAAGUCACAUGGCUGCACCUCUGAGGGUCUCUGCUGCCACAGCGAGUGCUUGGGCAACUGCUCAGAGCCGGACGACCCCACCAAGUGCGUGGCCUGUCGCAACUUCUACCUGGACGGCAGGUGCGUGGAGACCUGCCCUCCCCCUUACUACCACUUCCAAGAUUGGCGCUGCGUGAACUUCAGCUUCUGCCAGGACCUGCACAACAAAUGCAAGAACUCUCGGAGGCAAGGCUGCCACCAGUAUGUCAUUCACAAUAACAAGUGCAUCCCCGAGUGCCCCUCUGGCUACACGAUGAAUUCCAGCAACUUGAUGUGUACCCCUUGCCUGGGCCCCUGUCCCAAGGUAUGCCACCUCCUGGAAGGUGAGAAGACCAUUGAUUCAGUGACAUCUGCCCAGGAGCUCCGAGGCUGCACCAUCAUCAACGGAAGCUUAAUCAUCAACAUUCGAGGGGGCAACAACCUGGCAGCCGAGCUAGAGGCCAACCUUGGACUCAUUGAAGAAAUUUCAGGAUAUCUGAAAAUCCGCAGGUCCUACGCCCUGGUGUCACUUUCCUUCUUCCGGAAGUUACGUCUGAUUCGAGGGGAGACCUUGGAAAUUGGGAACUACUCUUUCUACGCCUUGGACAACCAGAACCUACGGCAGCUAUGGGACUGGAGCAAACACAACCUCACCAUCACCCAGGGGAAGCUCUUCUUCCACUAUAACCCCAAACUCUGCCUGUCGGAAAUUCACAAGAUGGAGGAAGUUUCAGGAACCAAGGGGCGCCAGGAGAGAAAUGACAUUGCUCUAAAGACCAAUGGGGACCAGGCGUCCUGUGAAAAUGAAUUACUUAAAUUUUCUUACAUUCGGACAUCUUACGACAAGAUCUUGCUGAAAUGGGAGCCGUAUUGGCCUCCUGACUUCCGAGACCUCCUGGGGUUCAUGCUGUUCUACAAAGAGGCCCCUUACCAGAACGUGACAGAAUUCGAUGGGCAGGAUGCGUGCGGCUCCAAUAGCUGGACAGUUGUGGAUAUUGACCCGCCUACGAGGUCCAACGACCCCAAGUCACAGAACCACCCUGGGUGGCUGAUGCGUGGUCUCAAGCCCUGGACCCAGUAUGCCAUCUUUGUCAAGACCCUGGUCACUUUUUCUGAUGAACGCCGUACAUACGGGGCCAAGAGUGACAUCAUCUAUGUCCAGACAGAUGCCACUAAUCCUUCCGUCCCCCUGGAUCCCAUCUCAGUUUCUAACUCCUCAUCCCAGAUUAUUCUGAAGUGGAAGCCUCCCUCCGACCCCAACGGCAAUAUCACACACUACUUGGUGUUCUGGGAGAGGCAGGCGGAAGACAGUGAGCUGUAUGAACUGGAUUAUUGCCUCAAAGGGUUGAAGCUGCCCUCCCGGACCUGGUCUCCACCGUUCGAGGCGGAGGGGUCCCAGAAGCACAACCAGAGUGAGUAUGAGGAAUCUGCUGGCGAAUGCUGCUCCUGCCCGAAGACCGACUCUCAGAUCCUCAAGGAACUGGAGGAGUCCUCGUUCAGGAAAACGUUUGAAGAUUACCUGCACAACGUGGUUUUCAUCCCCAGGCCGUCAAGGAAACGCAGAGCCCUUGGUGAUGUGGGGAAUGUGACAGCGGCCGUACCCACCAUUCUGGGGUUCCCUAAUACCUCCUCCACCAGCACGCCCACGAGCUCGGAGGAGCACAGACCCUUCGAGAAAGUGGUGAACAAGGAGUCGCUGGUCAUCUCCGGCCUGCGUCACUUUACUGGCUAUCGCAUCGAGCUUCAGGCUUGCAACCAAGAUUCUCCCGAGGAGAGGUGUAGCGUGGCUGCCUACGUCAGCGCCAGGACCAUGCCUGAAGCCAAGGCAGACGAUAUUGUCGGCCCCGUGACCCAUGAAAUCUUCGAGAACAAUGUCGUUCACUUGAUGUGGCAGGAGCCCAAGGAACCCAACGGUCUGAUUGUGCUGUAUGAAGUGAGUUAUCGACGAUACGGCGAAGAGGAGCUGCACCUCUGCGUCUCCCGCCGGCAUUAUGCUCUGGAGCGCGGCUGCCGGUUACGCGGGCUGCCGCCUGGGAAUUACAGCGUGCGAGUUCGGGCCACCUCCCUGGCAGGCAACGGGUCUUGGACGGAAGCCACCUAUUUCUACGUGACAGACUAUUUAGACGUGCCAUCAAAUAUUGCAAAAAUCAUCAUCGGUCCCCUCAUCUUUGUCUUUCUCUUCAGUGUUGUGAUUGGAAGUAUUUAUCUAUUCCUGAGAAAGAGGCAGCCAGAUGGGCCACUGGGACCACUGUAUGCUUCUUCAAAUCCAGAGUACCUCAGUGCCAGCGAUGUAUUUCCUUGCUCUGUGUAUGUGCCGGACGAGUGGGAGGUGCCUCGAGAGAAGAUCACGCUCCUGCGAGAACUGGGGCAAGGCUCCUUUGGCAUGGUCUACGAGGGCAACGCCAGGGACAUUGUCAAGGGUGAGGCGGAGACCCGCGUAGCAGUGAAGACGGUCAACGAGUCAGCCAGCCUGCGAGAGCGGAUCGAGUUUCUCAACGAGGCUUCGGUCAUGAAGGGCUUCACCUGCCACCAUGUGGUCCGCCUCCUGGGGGUGGUGUCCAAAGGCCAGCCAACGCUGGUGGUGAUGGAGCUGAUGGCUCACGGAGACCUGAAGAGUUACCUCCGUUCCCUGCGGCCUGAGGCUGAGAAUAACCCCGGCCGCCCUCCCCCUACCCUGCAAGAAAUGAUUCAGAUGGCAGCAGAGAUCGCCGACGGGAUGGCAUACCUGAAUGCUAAGAAGUUCGUGCACCGGGAUCUUGCAGCCCGGAACUGCAUGGUCGCUCAUGACUUUACCGUCAAAAUUGGAGACUUCGGAAUGACAAGAGACAUCUAUGAAACGGAUUACUACCGGAAAGGGGGCAAAGGUCUGCUCCCUGUGCGGUGGAUGGCACCUGAAUCCCUGAAGGAUGGAGUCUUCACCACCUCUUCGGACAUGUGGUCUUUUGGUGUGGUCCUUUGGGAAAUCACCAGCUUGGCAGAACAGCCUUACCAAGGUCUAUCAAAUGAGCAGGUGCUGAAAUUUGUCAUGGAUGGAGGGUACCUGGAUCAACCUGACAAUUGUCCAGAGAGAGUCACCGACCUGAUGCGGAUGUGCUGGCAGUUCAACCCCAAGAUGCGUCCGACCUUCCUGGAGAUCGUGGACCUGCUCAAGGACGACCUGCACCCCAGCUUUCCUGAAGUGUCCUUCUUCCACAGCGAGGAGAACAAGGCGCCCGAGAGCGAGGAGCUGGAAAUGGAGUUUGAGGACAUGGAGAGCGUGCCCCUGGACCGGUCCUCGCACGCGCAGAGAGAGGAGGCCGGGGGCCGGGAUGGAGGGUCGGCGCUGGGGCUAAAGCGAAACUAUGACGAGCACAUCCCCUACACCCACAUGAACGGGGGCAAGAAAAAUGGACGGAUUCUUACUCUGCCCCGGUCAAAUCCUUCCUAA